AACAGUCUGAGUGUUUGCAUCGCGACCAGGAAAAUUGGAGGAUUUUCGCUCGAUACACAUUGCAAAUUAUCAGUAUUCCCGGUGAAAAUCAAUCUCGAGUGUCUCAGGCACUUGUCAAAUUGAGUGCACUUGGAAUUUUGAAGAGUUUCGCAUUGUGUCAGGCGUUAAUUGUUCACAUUGGACUUUGUUUGGAGUGCUUCACAUACUUUCUACAUUAACUUUUCUACCCAAAUUUCUGAGGAUUUUACUAAUUCGCCACUUUUUUGGACUGUGUGACUGCUAUUGUCGCCUGUGGAGGGGCCAUUUGGUGUGCAAUUUGCGGAGGAGAUUGAGGAAAAUUCCAGACAUCAGAGCGAAAUACACGCGAAAGCGGAGACAAGGUCAACUGACUAAGAGGUGGAGUGGACUGUCAAGUAGAUUCCUGUGCCAAGAGAGCGAGCAGAGAAAUGAGAUCUGACGGCCGGACAGUGUCCGAAUGGGAGGACAGUGUUCUCUUUGAUGCUGACGAUCCUGACUUUUCGAACCUCACGGCCAAUGGGAAUGGCAUUCUCAGCUCAAAUCCACCUCUUGUGGCAACAAGUGCAACGGAGCGUCUUCACAUGUUGAACACAUUAAUGCGAAAAGUGCCUUCAACAAUGUCCGUUGCGAGUGUUCAAGCACCUCAUUUGGCCGAAUUGUGCUCGUCUCUCGGUCGCUCGAGCUUGAGUGUCUCAUCGUCACUGUCUGAUUUGGUUGGGAGUCCGUUUGAGAUUUCGGCGGACAAUGUCCUGACCAUUGAGGAUCUGCGCGUGCAGAUGGGCUCGUGCUUCACGUGUGGAGUUUCCUGGGCGGAGGAUCACGUUUCGCUGGACUGCAGCGAGUGCGGUGGCUACGGCCUGGAGCGGCCCUGCCCGCUCUGCGAUGGCAGCUGUGGCAGCACCUGGAAGAGGGAUUUCACAAUGUCCCAUGCUUCCGGAAAGGCGAGGUGGCAGGGAUCGUGCCCGGCGCAUCCGAUCAACCUUCCGCCUGCCAUGGUGCUGCCCACGAUCGUCACACCCGCCACAGUUCCACCCACUUGUGGGGCCACGCGGAAUCAGUUCCUGGCCCAGGAGCUCUGCGCUCGGCUCGAGAAGCUCUCCACGCAGACGUGAUCAGCUCCGUCAAGGCGAAAGUGCCUGAAAGGCCGACAUGAGAAAGAGAGCAUUAUUCGGGCUCACGUUGCAGUUGAGCCUGGGAUCCUUCAGAAGUACUUUAAUGUUUUAUUUUUCCUUUUUCAUUUGAUAUAAUGGAAAUGUUUGUAAGUAAAUUAUAUAUAUAUAUUUGUAGUAAUUCUCUGGAAGAAAUCUUGUACACAACAAACUUUAUUGUCAAGGGCGAAAUUUUGACGGCAAUGUGGCACUUUUUUGUGCUGCAGCUUGUCGAUUUUCGGCGGGGAUGAAAAUCUUAUGCUAUAUAAAAAAAAAAAACAUGAAACCCUUUUUGUAAAAAUUUGUGAAUAUAUAGAGGAAAAAUAUUGCAAAAAUUCAAUAAGACUGUGGCGCCAAAAUGCUCAAUUCUGGACAUUAGUUUAAUUUUUAAGGGUGGUGAAAAAAAGGGGAGAAAUAUUUGAGUUUGUGCAUUUUAUUGAGUGUCAUUUGAUAUUUUGCCAAGAUUGUAGCGCUACAGUUAUCAAAAUUCCAUGUGAAACCAAUCAAAAUGCUCACUAUUUGGCAAGUGAAAGCAAUAUGUUAAAUAGACCGUCAAAUGAAGCCUAUAAAUUUUCAACAAAUGGAAUUUUUUUUUUCUUUGCGAAAUAGCAACUAAAAGAAUUGUAUUGGCAUUUAUUUGGACAGAUAACGUUUAUAAAAGUGUUUAACUACAAGCUUUUAGCGGGAUUUUGUGAGGCGGAAAAGGCAUUUGAAGAGAAUUUGUGGGCAUAUUUCGAUAGUCUGAACUCUUUUUUUGUUUUUCAAAAUUCAGCCAUGCUACAAAGUAAGAAAAAUCCCAUCAAGAGUGGUUGAUAAAACCCUGAAGAGCAGCAAGAGCAUUCUAAUAAGUUAAUUAAAUAUUAAGAAAGCCCCAUUAUAUUAAAAUUUAAGAAUGUGUGAUAUUCCGGAAACAAUUUAUAUACUGUAUAACUUGUAAUUAUAAAUUGAAAAAAAUGGAAACCUAUAAAAGAGAUAAAAUAUUUACACGAUAUAAUAUAUUGUCAAAAUUGCAGGAAAGGAGGAUUUGUAUUGGAAGUGUUGUUUCUUUUAACAGAGAAAUAUUCUUCUGGUGAGGAUUUUCUGUGAAAAUUUCCAGUGAUUUUUUUUCUUUAGUCUGCAUUAAUUAAAACUAUCGCACAUUUUUUGGAAGGAUUUCUUCACAAUCUUAUUUUUCAAGUGACAAAAUAUGUUUUCUUCUUCCUCACAGAAAAUAAUUAUGUGUUCCUGACAGAGUAAAUUGCAAUAGCGAAGAAGAAGGAAAUGUUGAGUUUUGGAAAUAAGAUUGACUAGAGAGAUGAUUUUUAAAGACAACAACUCACUACCAUUAAACGAUAAUUUGUAAUUUAUGUUAACGAAAGCAUUAUUUCUAAGUUGAAGAUGACUUUAUAAGCACAAAUCACUUGACAUUCAGAGAGUCUCACAUUUUUCAUCAAGCGAAUUUUUCUUUGAUUUUUUUCUUCCCAACCUUUUGCUAUAAAAUAUAACAUUUCAGACAUUGAAGCGCAAAAAAGACCAAAGAUGAGCAAUAUAAAAUUUUCAUUGUGAUGUCUCUGAAUUUGGUGAUGGGCUUAAUAGAGAAUUUUACCUUACUAGAAAAUGUCUUUUUUUUUCGUCAUUAUGCAGAAUAAUUAUCUUCAACACUAAAUUAUUAUUUAUUAGCUGCAAAGCAAGAGGAAAAUAGAAAAAAUAGAUGAGCAAAUAAAAAAAACAGAUUUUUCUUUUGUUCUUUUAGAAUUGGAAAGAAUUUCUUAUGCAAAAAUACCACUUAUACCUAUAAGCUACUCUUUUUAUAUUGUCAAACGCUAUGAUUUCAUUUAUUAAUAAAUAUUUCUUUUCCAUUUUAUUUA